CAAUUUGAGUUAUCUCCCCAUAAUAUUUGGGGAAACGUAUUUCUUUUUAUUUUAUCAGACAGUAAAGGUUUUUUGAGUCACUAAGCUAGAUAACAAGAUCAAACUGCAGCAACAGAAUGACUUCUUUCACGUUUCGACCCCCGUCAUUUCGUAAAAGCCAACCCAGUGCAGAUGAAUAUAAAUGCCAGAAAUGUUUAGAGAAGGGCCAUUUUACGUUUGAAUGUACAGGGAAGAGAAAGUAUGUUCACCGUCCAUCCAGAACAAAAGAAAUGAUUAAAAAAAUGAAGAAAGAUGAAGAAUUAGAAAGAGAAAUGAAAUUGAAAGAAUUAAUGAAACAAAAUCCAGAAAAGAAACAAAGAAAAAGAAAAAAGAAAAGGUCAAGUCGUACAAGUUCUGAGUCUUCUUCAUCUUCAUCAUCAUCAUCAAGCUCAAGUUCAGACAGUGAUACAAGUUCUUCCUCAUCCUCAGACAGUGAUUCAGACAGUUCAUCAUCAUCAUCUUCAUCAGAUUCUAGUAGUGAUGAAAGUGUAAAGAAACGCAGCAAAAAGAAGAGGAGAAGAAAAUCAAGCUGAAUUUAUGAAA